CCACUCUAGAAACCUAAAUAUAUCCUAAAACGACCAAAAACGCUACGAUGACCACUACCCACUUGACCAUGGCGGUGCUCCUGACUGCCCUCACCGCAACCGGGUACCCCACAGGCGGCCGGGACAAGCAGCACGCCUCCUGGGACGAGAUGAAUGUGGUGGCCCAUGGACUGCUGCAGCUGGGGCAGGCGCUGAAGGAGCACGUCGAUAAGAGUAAAGUCCAGAUGAGGGAGCUGAACGCGGGGUUGAGGAGCAUGAACGAGACCCUGAGGAACCUGGAGAUGGAGAGGGGGACUAGGCUGAGCGAGGCGAGCGGAGCUAAGGGCAAGGAGCUGAGCGACAGGGUGGAGAGGCUGGAGCAGAGGGUGGAGGAGGUGCUUGGAAAACCAAUGCCGGACAGUAACUCCAGUGAUGAUACAAAGGUGCCGCUUGUACAGAGGAUGAUGGCAGCACAGAACCGGCGCAUCGAUCAACUGAUGGAGAAGAUCAAGCAGCAGCAGGACAAACUGGAGAAGCAGAGUGUGCAUCUUCAGGCGCUCCAGAGCAAGGUUGGACAAAAGAGGAUGAAGUCUUUCAGGCGCAGACAUGACAUGAUGAUGCAGAACGAGGAGAAACAGAAAAAAGGUUUUGCCAAAGACUGCCAUGAAUUGUUCGUACAAGGUCAGAGGAAGACCGGUGUUUACACGAUCCAACCGGGCAACUCCAAACCCUUCAGUGUGCUCUGUGAGAUGACCCAAGCUGGUGGUUGGACAGUUAUCCAGAAACGCUUUGAUGGCUCCCAAAGUUUUGACCUGGCCUGGAACGACUACAGGAGAGGAUUUGGAAGCCUCACUGGUGAGUUCUGGCUCGGUUUGGCGCACAUCCACACACUGGCCAGACAGGGGCGCUACAUGCUACAGGUGGAGCUCUCCGAUUCGUCCAGGCAGAGUCACGUGAUAAGCUCGGAGUUCCAGCUGGAGGGAGAGGAGGGGCAGUUCUCGCUCCACCUUGGUCCAGAUUCGGAUGCCUCUCUGGGAGGACUCUUCAGUGCCCCUGGUUCCUCCGGGUUGCCUUUCUCCACACCUGACCGGGACAAUGACCUCAGCGCAGAGGACAACUGUGCUCAGAAACACUCAGGAGGUUGGUGGUUCAGCAGCUGUGGAGACUCUAACCUAAAUGGAGAAUUUCCCAGCAGCCUCGGCUCUUCCCGGAGCAUGUUCUGGACCACAUCAGGAGCAGUGUCAGCUCUGCGGUCCACUGUGAUGAAGAUCGCUCCAGUCUCCUCCAAACACUGACCCAAACCAAACACUGGCCCACUAUGACCUCUUAGGACCUCUUAUGCACUCUGAGGACUGGCAUAUAUUGUCACAUUGGCAGAUGAACCUUGUAUUUCCUCUGUGAGGGAGGAUCAUGCAUAAUAUUUAAUUCUGGGACUAUAUUAUAGU